AGGAGAAUUGGAAGCUGCGAACACGCUCAUCAUUGAACAAUCGAAUACCAUGACUGAUCAACAAUCACUCAUUGAGGAACUUAUGACACAGUUGGACGAACAAGAAAGGGUUUGUCAAAAUCUUCAAAAAGCCAUCGAUACGUUUAAAUCCAAAAACACCCACACUGAUACAGAGGAUGUUAGAAAAGUUUAA